UCCGUCCUGGGGGGGAUAGAAAAGAGGGUGUGUCUGCCUGUCUGUCUGUCUGUCUGUCUGUCCAGCGCCCUCACCCUCCCCCCCUCCCCAGCCGCUGCCACAUGAGCGUCCCCCGGGAUGAGCUCCAAGGCCAAGCGGGUGCUGCCCACCCGCCCUGAGCCCCCCAGCGUGGAGCAGAUCCUGGCCGACGUGCAGGGCGCGCUCCCCACCGACCCCGUGUUCGUCCUCCCCGCCGAGCCCCCCCAGGAGCACGGCCCCGCUCCAGGCUGCCCCGAGCCCGCGGCCGAGGAGCUGUACCGGCAGAUCCGCUCCUACGUGGGGAUGAACCAGCGGCUGCAGCAAUCCCGGGAGCGGCUGCGGGAGCGGCGCCGGGAGCUGCAGAGGGUCGGGGAGGAGCUGGAUCGCGGCAUCGCCGAGAUGAGGCAGAAAGCCUUCUGAGGAAUCGCGG